UUCAAAGGAAUAAAUAUUUCCGGCGCCGCUGCUAAGGCGCGGGGCAAGUGUUGUAGCUGCUAUGGAAGGAUUCGCUACCUAGCACUCGAAGGCGGGCAGGGUCGGCGGGCUGAACGCCCGCGUGCCCAGGAAGAGCUCCGGGAGCGCGUCCAGACCUGGCAGCCUGUGCACUAGGGAGACGGAGCUACUUCGUGGCUUGUUUAAUUCCCAGUAGAGGUUUAUCUUUCCACAUCAGUAGUGAAAAUGCAUAUUAAGUCAAUCAUUCUGGAGGGAUUUAAGUCCUAUGCACAGAGGACAGAAGUCAAUGGUUUUGACCCACUCUUCAAUGCCAUCACUGGUUUAAAUGGUAGCGGAAAAUCCAACAUAUUGGAUUCUAUCUGUUUCUUGUUGGGCAUCUCCAACCUGUCUCAGGUUCGGGCUUCAAAUUUACAGGAUUUAGUUUACAAAAAUGGUCAGGCUGGCAUUACGAAAGCCUCAGUGUCAAUCACCUUUGAUAAUUCUGACAAAAAGCAAAGUCCUUUAGGAUUUGAAGUACAUGAUGAAAUUACAGUAACAAGGCAGGUGGUUAUUGGUGGCAGAAAUAAAUACUUAAUCAAUGGAGUAAAUGCAAAUAAUACCAGAGUACAGGAUCUAUUCUGUUCUGUUGGUCUUAAUGUUAACAACCCUCACUUUCUCAUCAUGCAGGGUCGAAUCACAAAAGUACUGAAUAUGAAACCCCCAGAGAUUUUAUCCAUGAUAGAGGAAGCAGCUGGAACCAGGAUGUAUGAAUAUAAAAAAAUAGCUGCCCAGAAAACCAUAGAAAAAAAGGAGGCUAAACUGAAAGAAAUUAAGACGAUACUUGAAGAAGAGAUUACUCCUACUAUUCAAAAAUUAAAAGAGGAAAGAUCAUCUUAUUUGGAGUACCAAAAAGUAAUGAGGGAGAUAGAACAUUUGAGUCGUUUAUAUAUUGCUUAUCAGUUUUUGCUGGCUGAAGAUACCAAAGAUCGCUCAGCCGAGGACUUAAAAGAAAUGCAGGAUAAAAUUACAAAACUUCAAGAAGAGUUAUCUGAAAAUGAUAAAAAAAUAAAAGCACUUAGUCAUGAAAUCGAAGAACUGGAAAAAAGGAAAGAUCAGGAAAUUGGUGGCAUACUCCGAUCUUUGGAAGAUGCUUUUACAGAAGCUCAGCGAGUUAAUACUAAAUCUCAAAGUGCCUUUGAUUUAAAGAAGAAAAAUCUGGCUAGUGAAGAGAACAAACGUAAAGAACUGGAGAAAAAUAUGGUUGAGGAUUCAAAAACUUUAGCAGCAAAAGAAAAAGAGGUGAAAAAGAUAACAGAUGGACUGAAUGCCCUUCAGGAAGCGAGCAGUAAAGAUGCGGAAGCUUUGGCUGUGGCACAGCAGCACUUUAAUGCUGUUUCCGCUGGCCUUUCCAGCAAUGAAGAUGGAGCAGAAGCAACUCUUGCUGGUCAAAUGAUGACCUGUAAAAAUGACAUAAGUAAAGCUCAGACAGAAGCCAAACAGGCCCAGAUGAAGUUGAAACAUGCCCAACAAGAAUUAAAGACCAAACAAGCUGAAGUAAAGAAAAUGGAUAGUGGUUACAGGAAAGAUCAAGAUGCCUUAGAAACUGUGAAGAAACUUAAAGAAAAACUUGAAAUUGAAAUGAAAAAACUAAAUUAUGAAGAAAAUAAAGAGGAGAACCUCCUAGAAAGGCGCAGGCAGCUGUCUCGUGAUAUCAGUAGGUUGAAGGAAACAUAUGACUCUCUUUUGGCCAGAUUCCCCAAUCUUCGAUUUGCAUACAGGGACCCAGAGAAGAACUGGAAUAGAAAUUGUGUGAAAGGACUUGUGGCUUCCCUGAUUAGUGUGAAAGACACUUCUGCAACCACAGCUUUGGAAUUGGUGGCUGGGGAAAGACUCUACAAUGUUGUUGUAGAUACAGAGAUUACUGGGAAAAAACUACUGGAAAAGGGGGAACUGAAGCGUCGAUACACAAUAAUUCCACUCAAUAAAAUUUCAGCCAGAUGUAUUGCUCCAGAAACUCUGAGGAUUGCUCAAAAUCUUGUGGGCCCCAACAAUGUUCAUGUGGCUCUUUCACUUGUGGAAUACAAACCAGAACUGAAGAAAGCAAUGGAAUUUGUCUUUGGAACGACUUUUGUUUGUGACAGUAUGGAUAAUGCAAAAAAAGUGGCUUUUGAUAAAAGAAUAAUGACUCGAACUGUAACUCUAGGAGGUGAAGUGUUUGAUCCGCAUGGGACAUUAAGUGGAGGUGCUCGAUCUCAGGCAGCUUCAACUUUAACGAAAUUUCGAGAACUCAAAGAUGUUCAAGAUGAGCUGAGGAUCAAGGAGAAUGAGCUACAGGCUUUAGAAGAAGAAUUAGCAGGUCUUAAAAACACAGCUGAAAAAUAUCGCCAACUAAAGCAGCAGUGGGAAAUGAAAACUGAGGAAGCAGAUAUAUUACAAACCAAGCUCCAGCAAAGCUCAUAUCAUAAGCAACAAGAAGAAUUAGAUGCUCUUAAAAAAAUCAUUGAGGAAAGUGAGGAAACAUUAAAGAACACCAAAGAAGUUCAACAAAAGGCAGAAGAAAAAUAUGCAAUACUAGAGAAUAAAAUGAAAAAUGCAGAGGCCGAAAGAGAGAAAGAACUGAAAGAUGCACAGAAAAAACUAGAUAAUGCCAAAACGAAAGCAGAUGCUUCUAGCAAGAAAAUGAAAGAAAAACAGCAGGAAGUUGAAGCUAUCACUCUGGAACUGGAAGAGCUCAAAAGAGAGCAUAUAUCGUAUAAACAACAGCUUGAAGCUGUAAAUGAAGCUAUCAAAUCCUAUGAAGGUCAGAUUGAAGUAAUGGCUGCUGAAGUAGCUAAAAAUAAGGAGGCAGUGACUAAAGCUCAAGAAGAAGUAGCCAAGCAAAAAGAAGUGAUAACAGCACAAGACCAUGUCAUUAAAAAUAAGUAUUCAGAAGUAGCAAAACAUAAGGAGCAAAACAAUGAUUCACAACUUAAAAUUAAGGAACUGGAUCACAACAUCAGUAAGCAUAAACGAGAAGCUGAGGAUGCUGCUGCAAAGGUAUCCAAGAUGUUGAAAGAUUACGAUUGGAUUAAAGCUGAAAAGCACCUCUUUGGCCAACCAAAUAGUGCUUAUGAUUUCAAAAAUAAUAACCCCAAAGAAGCCGGUCAGAGACUUCAAAAGUUGCAAGAAAUGAAGGAGAAAUUAGGGAGAAAUGUCAACAUGAGAGCUAUGAACGUACUGACAGAGGCUGAAGAGCGGUAUAAUGACUUGAUGAAAAAGAAAAGAAUUGUAGAAAAUGACAAAUCCAAAAUCCUUGCAACUAUUGAAGACCUUGACCAGAAGAAAAACCAAGCCCUCAAUAUUGCCUGGCAAAAGGUGAACAAGGAUUUUGGAUCUAUUUUUUCUACUCUUUUGCCUGGUGCUAAUGCGAUGCUUGCACCACCAGAGGGGCAAACUGUGUUGGAUGGUCUGGAGUUCAAGGUUGCUUUAGGAAAUACUUGGAAGGAAAACCUAACUGAACUUAGUGGUGGUCAGAGGUCUUUAGUGGCUUUGUCACUGAUAUUGUCCAUGCUCCUGUUCAAACCUGCCCCAAUUUAUAUCCUGGAUGAGGUGGAUGCAGCCUUGGAUCUGUCUCAUACCCAGAAUAUUGGACAAAUGCUGCGUACCCAUUUCACACAUUCUCAGUUCAUUGUGGUGUCUCUAAAAGAAGGAAUGUUCAACAAUGCAAAUGUCCUUUUCAAAACCAAGUUUGUGGAUGGUGUUUCUACAGUUGCUAGAUUUACUCAGUGUCAGAAUGGAAAGGUAAAGGAAGCAAAAUCCAAAGCAAAAGGACACAAAUGAUUACCGUGAAAGUUUUAAGUAAAGAUUAAUUCUUUACAUUGACUUACAUUGUUUUAAAGAACUUGGAUUUAUCUGAUUUGUUUAUUUAAAAAUUUAAUGUCAUUUUGUUACUUAACCCAUAUUUUUCUCUUUCCUUUGUAUCACUUACAUGAGCUGAGAAUCACUUUUCUUAUUAGUGUAACUUGUCCAAUUACUGUUUUUGUGAUUUUAUAUGUAUAUACAUGUAUAUCAACAAAUACCUUUUAUUACAUGAGUCUUCUAUAUAUUAAUGUCUUGAGAUACCUGCUUGGUGGUCAGUUCUAUUUCUAAAGGAAAAAUAAAAAGAAACUGAUAAAAUUAAAUUAUAGCAUAAUAUAGCUGAUAGUCAGCUUUUUAAUUAGUUUGAUUCCUAAAGUAUGAUACAUAUUUUCUAUUGCUAAUAAAGUUAUUCUGGUAAAGAACAGGGUUUUUUUUAAUUACCUGGACCACCAGAGGGAAGUCCAAGAAAGCCAUGGCUUAAGUUCUUUGAGGGCACAAUGGUUUCAUUCCCUUGUGUAGAUAGAGAUGGAAAAAUGAUCUUAAUAAAUUUCCCUCAUUUUAAUAAUGUUUGAAUAUCAUGUUUCUGUACACUUUAGUAAUAUGUCUCUAUAACCUUAUGGUUUGUUGUGCUUUUAUCAGAGUGUGAGAAUAUAGGAGGUCCUCAACUAACUCAAUUUUUCUUUUUCCUUUCUGUUUGAUAUUUAUGUAAAUAUUCUUCUAUUCUGCUGAAAGAACUCACAAUUUGUUGAUGGUUGUUAGAGUCCUUAGUGCCAUCUGUUUCCUAGUUCAGAGGAAUAACGGAAGUUUCCUUAAGAACAUAAAAAGUGGCACUGACACACACCAUAAAAUACUCUUAAUCAUUCUAGGUACAUUACCAGAACACUGUUUCCAAACUUUGAGCCCUGAUAGCUAUCUGACAUUAUCUCAUCUGAUCUUGGAUAUAUUAUUUUGACCCUAGCUCUUCUUGAUACAUGAGUCUUAAGUUUCUUAGUGUCAUUGUCAUAUUUUUCAUUCUAUUUCUUGGCUCUGGAUUUAACCUUUCUUACUCAUUAUUUUCAUAUGUAUCUGAAGGUGUCAGAUAAGAACCCAGUAACUGAUAUAACAACACAGUGGAAAGGAUUAAACCUAGAAUUAGUUCUGUCUACUGUGGGAAGAGAGGAAGACAUUAUAAAUGCUGUCACAGAAGUCCAGUAUCCCAGAAUACACAUAAGAAUCCGUUUCCUUUCACAUGUAUUCCACAUUGUUUGCCAGAGCAGUCUUUACAGUUUACACCAUCAACAGUAUUGUAUACCUGUUUGAUUUGGUCACCAUGAGACACAAAUUUUAAUAUUUCUAAUUUAAUAAUUAUAAAUGCUACUUCAUUGUUGUUUUAACUGGUAUUUUAUACAUGUGUGGGAUUAAAUACUUUGGCAUGUGUACUAGUUUGUUUUAUUACAAAUGUUCUAUUUAUGUGCUUUUCUAAUUUUUAUCAUAUAUUAGAUAUAUUGUUCUUGGUCCUCAAUAAAUUUCUAUGAUUAAUGUUGAUGUUAUGUUUUGUCUUUGGUUACAGGGUUGGGAAAUGUUCUCAUUUUUUCUGGAGGAUUCUAUAGAAUUGAGGCUAAUUCUUUGAAAUAUUUUGUAGAGUUCUGUGAAAGCAUCAAGCUGGAGAUUUUUUGAGGUGGGGUGAUAAAUGCAUAUGAUUUUAAAAAUAGGUACAGGAUGAUUUUUGAU